AUGUUCCUCAUCACCGCUAUCAGGCGAAUUCUCCUCGUCAUUUGCUCCUCCCUCUCCGACUUCCUCGCUCUCGGACGUCUUUACGUCUGGGACUUCCUGCUCCUCCUCUUCAACACCCUCACACCCGAUCUCAAGCAAGGGAAGGUCAUACCCUCCGGACACCCAGGCUUCAAUGGAGAAUGGCCCAAGUAUAUCGCUCCUGCCGCCGGAUCCAAGCGCAGUCCUUGUCCUGGCCUGAAUGCCAUGGCCAACCAUGGCAUCAUCGCCCGCGACGGUCGCAACAUCCGCUUCUCUGAGCUCCCGGGGGCAAUCAACAAGACGUUCAACAUCGCCACCCCGUUCGCCACGCUCCUCUCCCGCCAGGCCGCCGAGCUCCUCAACCGCGACCCCGCGACGGCGACGAUGGACCUUUCGGACGUGAACGUGCACAACGUGAUCGAGCACGACGCGUCUUUCUGCCGCCAGGACAUUUACGACGGCGACCAGUCUGCGCCGACAGCGGACAUCAUCGAGGACCUCCUCGCGAGCGGCACCGGCACUGCGGGCAACCUCGUGCCCGCGGACCUCUCGACCGUGCUCGGCCGGCGGCGCGUGCGCGCCAAGGCCGCGAACCCCCAGUUCGGGCUCACCCUCGGCCAGAAGCUCAUUGGGUCCACCAACGCGGCGCUGAUCCUGAGGGUCUUUGGCGGGAUUGUGGACGACCUGCGCGCGUUCCUGCUCGAGGAGCGCCUCCCGCAGGGCUGGGAGCCGCGCGUGCGCCACCGGAUGGGCUUCUCGAUGAUCGAGAUGAACUUCACGAUCGCGCGCGUCGAGCUCGGCGUCGUGGAGGAGGUCAACGGCACGCUGAGCAAGACGGUGGUCCAGCGGGAGGACGUGGAGCCCACGGUGGCGGCGUCCGGGUCGUCGUGA